AUGGAAACGAAAGCAAAGUUGGAGCUGAAGCAGAGGGCUCCUGCCUCCAAGAAAACCCUGGCAAAGCGACAGGGGGAGGCAGCUCCCAUUGUUGUGGAGGUGAUUUUACGGCCACCUACCAGUAGAGGGACAGUUGCUGUGGAGCAGCAGGAGGAGCCAUUGCCGGGGUUGGAGCCAUUGCCAGGAGUGGAGCCAUUUCCAGGGGUGGAGCCAUUUCCAGGAGUGGAGCCAUUUCCAGGAGUGGAGCCAUUGCCCCGCGCAGAGCCAUCACUGAGCGUGGAGCCAUCAUCCAGCAAGGAGCCAUCAUCCAGCAAGGAGCCAUCAUCCAGCAAGGAGCCAUCACCCAGCGUGAUAGUGGAUGUUGAUGAGGACAACGGAUGCAGAACAGGUAAGGGCUAUGCUUGCAUGUGUUCAGAAAAAGUGCAGCUGGCUGUUGUCGCAGGGACUGUUGUGAGGUAUGCAUCCGUUUCUGACAAUAAAAUAUCUGUUGCAUGUUCUAUAGCGGCUGCGAUCAAACAUUUGAUUGCGCCUGUGUGUUCGUGGAGCAGUACAGAUAUCGAUGCCAUACGUGUUGCAGGGUCAAAGCUUAACUCGUUUGUAUUAGGGGAAGCCCAUAAAAUGAAUGUAAAGCCAAAGAACUUGUGCAGGUUGGUUGAGCAGACCAGUGUGUUUGGACGUAAGUGGAACGUCAAUAUGGGUCUGCCAGUGUACGGCGAAUUGAAUUUGUCUGAAGGGGAACAGGUAUUGUCGGAGAAGCUGCUUGAACACUUAUCCAGGGAUGGCAUGUGUCUGUUUAGCCUAAAUUCCGCAGCCAGUGUCAUUAUUCAACACAAUGACUGUAUUGUGGUCGUUGAUUGUGGCACACGUGCUGCGUCUGGGUUAGCAUCCAGUUAUGGCACAUCUGUAGCCGUGUUCAACACAUGUCUUAAUGACCUGAUGUUUUACAUCAGGAAUCUCAAUAAUUCAUUGAAUGCACAGAAGUUUAGCAUUACAAGACUUUCUGUGAAAGCAGCUGAAGUUAAUUCGGAGACGGCUAGAGUCAUUGAUGGGGAUAUGGGGUGUGUCAGGGGAACAUUCAGUCAGGGUGAUCAACGCUUUAAAUAUGCAGGACUUCAGUGCAUGGCUGUCAGUUUGGUAGGCAUAGCCAAACACAACAUUGACAGCGUGUUUACAUGGCAGACCGACAACCUGGAUAAAGUUGUUGUACUUGGUGACAAUCUGUACACCUCCCUGCGUGACCAACAAGGUAUCAGUGGAGGAUACAGUCUACUUUCGAUUCCAGAUCUGCCCAAGGAGACCAUUAUCGACGGACAAAGAUUUCUGUUUCAAUACAGUGACUUUGUGUCUGGAGAUGUGGAUGUGGUUGAGGGUGAUAACAUUGAUCAGGGUGUGCAAACCACUUUAAAAUACGCACUGGAAAGCAUGUGUAGUAAAUAUGACACAUGCUUUCUGACAAUGAAUGGCGCUACAUGUGCCAUCAUUGGUCAAGGUGGACACUACGCAGUGGUCGACUCCCAUGCACGCAGUGCGUCUGGGAUGAGCGAUGGCGAGGGGCGUAGUGUUGUUCUGUAUUUCAGAGGCCUUGAACACGUGUUUGAAUACAUAUGGACAUUUGCAGCGUUCCUCAAGAAGUCUCAAAAACAGUUUGAGAUCGCUGGUGUCCGAGUCACUCACAUAGGCCCAAUUGAAAGCAGUAAUCUGUCUUUGGGUCCAAGAGUGACUCCCAAAACAACAGAGACUGAUUUGGGUUGUAGUUCAACUAUUCAGUCCACACUUGGCUGCACCAACAUUCAGAUGGGUGCAAAGCGUAAGAUUCGUAAGGGAUCUUCUGCUUGCAAAAAAUUAAAAAAGAGUGAUGUUACCGCAGAUAAUUCAGACGUUGCUUUUGUCAAAGAAGUAAGAAGUGGACGACUGCAGUUUAAUCCUCUUAGUCAUCAACUUGCACAAGCUCUUUGUGAGCAGUUACAUGUGCAUUCAGAAAAAGUAGAUUUUGUGUCUACACAAAUUGGUUUAAUAGGGGCUCCAUGUCUCAAUGAAAAAAUAGAGGGUGACGGAAACUGUUUCUUUAGAGCAGUGAGUCAAGCUGUGUGUGGUACACAAAGGCAUCACACAAUAAUUAGGCGUGCAGUGGUUCAUCAAAUGCAGAGCAAUGCUGUGCCUUAUGAGCGUAUUUUGACCUCCUCCAUGUCAGAAUACCUCAGCACAUCCAAAAUGCGGGAAGUUGGCAGUUGGGCAACAGAAUUAGAAAUUCAAGCAGCAGCAGAUGCGUUUGGAGUUAAUAUAUUCACAUAUUGUGAUCCACGCUGGCUAAAAUAUAGUUGCGAGAAUGGGCAGUUGUCUAAUCAGGGGGUUUAUUUGGAAAACCGCAAUGGUAAUCAUUAUGAGACUGUUGUGUGUGUAAAACAACCUAAUUUGCAGAGUUGUUAUGGGUAUUGCAAAUUUGACACUUCUUGUCCAAGACUGUACAAUGUCAGACGGACAACUAGGGGCAAAAGGAGGGUUACCGAACAAACGCAUGGUACAUCGUCUGCUGGGGACACAGAUUGUGUGGAAAAGAGUGAUGUAAGUAAAAUCACUCUUGAAUUUAAUCCUUUGUGCAAUGAAGUGGCAAAAACACUUUGCACAAAGUGUAAUAUAGACUUUGAAAAGCAGGAUGUACAGGGACCUACAGUAACUGGGUCCCUAGGUGUGGUCUGUAAGACCGAAAAAAUUAAAGAGGACGCCAAUAGUUUCUUCGGAGCGGUAGCUCAUGUUCUCAGUGGUUCUCAGAAGAGCCAUCGAAAGAUUAGAAAGACUGUUGUGAAGCAUAUGAUGAAUCACGCAGAACAAACUAAAGUAGUUGGGGGAUCUGCUUCAAUUUCAGACUACAUUGAGAAGUCUCGGAUGAAGUAUGUAGGACAUUGUGCCACAGAUGUAGAAAUCCAAGGGACAGCAAAUGCUCUUGGAGUGGACAUUUUUAUCUGCAGUGGGGAAAAAUGGCUCAAAUACACUUGUAAUUGUGCAAUGCUUUCAAAAGAAAAAAUAUACUUGAAACAUUGUGAUAAAAAUCAUUUUGAGCCAGUGGUUUGUAUCAAACCUUACGAUGAACAAAGGUGCUUUGAAUUGUGUAAAGUGGGGGGUUUGUCAGAGACACGGUCUAUGCGUAGCAGUGUCGAUAUCUGUACUGGGAAGGGUGGGGUUAAAGACAAUGCAGAGAGUGUUGCAAACAGCUGGAGUCGUAGGCGUUCAACAUUUUUAAAAAAGAAAUACAGCUCAAAAAAGAAACUGUAUUAUAAACGAAACACAGGGUACCAGCAAACGAUUAGGGAUGCGUCCAUGAAAAAGUAUAGUGAUGCAGAUUAUCAAGAGAUAGUAAGAGUCGGUCUUAGAAAAAGGUAUUUCGAGGAUGAUGAUUACAAACUCAGAGCAAUUGAAAAAGAUCAGGUUAGAUACCAUGAAGACCCAUUGCAAAAUCAGAUGAGGAAGGAUUUGAGUAAAACAUUAAGCAAACAGAACUAUAGACUAAAAGUUUUACAUAGAGAGAAAGUUAUAGCAUUUAACAAACGUAAAUAUAGGCAAAAUAAAUUGCAUAGAAAGAAAGUAAAAUCCAUGACUUCAAAAAGGUAUCAUGGUAAUCCAGAUUAUAAGAAGCGAGUAACAGCUAGCAACAAAUUGAAGAGGCAACAAAUGCUAAAAAAUAGACAGGUAUUUGAUAUUGUGAUGCAGCAGUUUUUGGCCAAAGUUAAGAAUGGACCCGUUUUUGUUUGUAGCUGCUGCGAGAGGUUGUUAUUUGAAUCGCAUGCCUUGCACUGUAAAAAAGACAAAUAUAAGAAUCAAGAAUUAGCUAAUAAAUGCAUCAGAGACACAUAUUUACACACAUGUACUGAUGACUGUGAAGUACCCUGUGUUUGGAUUGAUAUUGGGAGAGGGCAGUCUUGGAUCUGCAGCAACUGUGAUAAGAAACUUAAGAGAGGUGUGAUGCCACCUGAAUGUGUUCUCAAUAAUUUGGCAGGAGACCCCAUUCCCCCAGAAUUGGCUUGUUUGAACAGCAUAGAGCAGCAUUUAAUUGCCAAAAAUAUACCAUUUAUGAAGAUGGUGGCAUUGCCCAAAGGUGGGCAAAAUGGAGUUCACGGACCGGUGACGUGUGUUCCAGCCAAUAUAGUCCAAACUACAAAUUUGCUCCCCCGCUCAAGGAUGGAAGGUUCCAUCUUGCGAAUAAAGUUAAAGCGUAGAUCGACCUACAAAGGUCAUUAUAAAUUUCAAUUUGCAGACCCAAUGCACAUAAUGCGGGCAUUACAAUAUUUAAAAAGAAACAAUAAGCACUAUAGGGAUAUUGAAUUUAAUAAAAGUUGGUAUAACGAGUUUUGUAGGGAGGAGGAAGAGAAUGAACAAACCCACACCAAGGAAACAUCAUCAGAGGCUGCUGAGGAACAGCCAUGUUUGUUUCAGGACAUGGAUUUGAUGGCUGUGGAUACUGAUCUGGAAAUUGCAGAUCAGUUUUCAGAUAGAGAACUGAACAUGGCCCCAGCAGAAGGCAAUAGUCCUGCAAAAGAAAGUUCAUUCAUUCCUGUAAGGGUUCCCGAGUUUGAGGAACUUGAUGACGCUCUGCUUAAUGAGUUUUGGAGGGAACGGGAUGAUGACUUUGUAGACAAUCCGACCUUGAUGGAUUUGCCAACUAAUGAAACGUCUGAUGCUAAUGCUGAUGAUGAGCUUUUACACGACAGGCAACAGCAUUGCAUGUUUCAGGACACAUGUCUGAUGCCUGUUGAUAUUGGACAGGAAGUGUUGGAUCAAUAUUUUGAUAGUACAUUAAAUGUCGCUCCAGCAGAGGGUAAUAGUCCUGUGAGGCUGUUAGCAGACAUUUCCAACGAAGCAAAAUGCUUUCCUGUAUUGUUCCCACUGGGCAUUAACACCUACCGUGAUUCGAGGCCCCGCAAGAUAACAUUAGCACGCUAUUUGAAUAUGCGUGUUUUAAAUGCUGAUGUUAGGUUUGCACAAAAUAUAGAAUACAUUUUUUAUGCUCAGUAUUUGUCUGAGGUGCAACAGGUAUUGUCCAGUGUGUCUAUUGCAUUGCGAAAAGGCAAAGCAGGCUUUCCAUCCAAACCGAUAGAAGAUAAUUUGUUGAAUCAGGAAACCAUAAGAAAACUGUUGAAAUUUGAUGAUGGCUUUCGUUUUCUCUCACCUAUUAGAGGUACUCCAGCAUUUUGGCAGCGCGCACAGAGUGACCUCCUCGCUUGUGUGCGUCAACUUGGUGUGCCUACCUGGUUUUGUUCAUUCUCUUCGGCUGAUCUUAGGUGGGCAAAUUUACUCGACGCUAUUUUAAAACAGGAAGGUAGAACACAGACCGCUGAAGAUUUAGAUUGGGCAGACAGAUGUGAACUCUUGCGUCGUAAUCCUGUGACAGCGGCCAGGAUGUUUGACUAUAGAUGGAAUUGUUUUUUGAAAGAAGUACUUAUGUCCCCUUCACACCCAAUUGGCAAGAUUGUAGAUUAUUUCUAUCGCGUGGAAUUUCAGCAGCGUGGCUCACCUCAUGUGCAUUGCUUGUUUUGGAUUGAGAAUGCACCCAAAAUUGAUAAGAAUACAGAUGAAGAGGUGAUUCAAUUCAUCGACACAUAUCUGACAUGUGAAUUACCAUCACAAGAUGAGCCGUUAAAGGACAUUGUGACAUCUGUGCAACAGCAUUCCAAAAGACAUUCUAAAACGUGUAAGAAAAAUAACACUGUUUGUCGAUUUAAUUUCCCCCGGCCAGCUACUGCUAGUACAUUUAUAUGUCGCAGCAGUGAAGAUCAAUGCUUAGCAGAAUGUAGCUGUAACUUGACACCAUGCGAGUGUGUAAAAUUAGAGUCUUUGGCCGAAAAAAAGGAGAAGAAGGAGUUUGCAGUUAAAAUUCUGAACUCCGUCAAAAAGGCUCUUUCAGACGAAAAAGUAAUAUUUGAAAGCCUGGAACAAUUAUUUGAAAGUCUGGGGAUUAAUCAAGCGAUCUUCGAGGCUGCUUACAAAUUGGUUGGUAGAAAGACACACGUUGUAUUGAAAAGACAAAUUGGCGAAGUCUGGAUUAAUCAAUACAACAAACUACUGUUAAAAUGCUGGAAUGCCAAUAUGGACAUUCAGUAUGUGGUCAAUGCCUAUGCAUGUGUUGUCUAUAUAAUUUCCUACAUCUCCAAGGCAGAAAAGGAAAUGGGAUUAUUAUUGGGUAAUGCACAUAAAGAAGCAUCACAGCAGGGCAAUCUAGAUGCCAAGGAUGCAUUUAAAAAGUUAGGGAGUGUGUAUUUACACAACCGAGAUGUGUGUGCCCAAGAGGCAGUCUACAGAUUGACACACAUGUCCCUGAAGACAUGCUCUCGCUUGGUCCAAUUUGUGCCAACAGGGAAAAAUACAAUUAAAAUAAGUAGGCCAUUAAGUGUGUUAAAACAGAUGGCAGAUUCAAAUAGUCUAACCACAGACAACAUGUGGAUGACCGGUUUCGUCAAAAAUCGGCCAAAUGACGCGGUUUUUAAUAAUAUGUGUUUGGCAACAUUCGCAUCCGAAUACAGGGUUAUGUCACAGAGUGAAAGUCUCAAAAAUGCCAUCGAACUCCAAAAUAAUUUCGGGUUUAUUAUUAAAAGAACGCGAACAAAAGCAGCAGUUGUGCGUUAUGCAAAAUUUUCCAAAACAAAGUCUCCAGAAUUGUUUUUCUACAGCAAUUUCCAAUUGUUUCUGCCGAAAAUCAGAGACAGGGUUGGCUUGAAGGUGUUCACUGGUAGUGAAUUUCACUUCAUCAACACACCUUACCAGAUUCAUCUCCACUAA